CGCCAUCAGAGGGGCACGAGCGGAAUAAACAUUUCUGGCCAAAUCUUGGAUGCUUCCACAGGGCUCACCUACUCGGUUGUCCAUGGCCGUGUCCUGCAUGCCGAGCGCUUGAGGACCGAUCGCCACCGGCUCCAUUUGCGAAACCUACAAGCCGCGAACUGCUCCAAAAUUAGCCACACACCAGGCAGGCUCUCCACAACCAGAUCCGAGCAACAAGGAAGCGCAGGAGAGAGAGAGAGGAGGGAGGUCGUGGGGGACAUGGACGGCUACAGCAACCUCGCGUCGUCGUCCCCUCCGGCGGCGGCGAACGGGCACGGGGCAAGGUCGGGGCGGCCGUCGAUGGAGCUGACCAACACCAAGGAGACCAAGGCGUGGGAGGGGCUGGCCAUCGGCGCGGUGACGCUGGCCCGGACCUUCUCCACGGGCUCCCACCGGUUCCGCAGGUCCGGCAGCGAGCGGAGGAGCUGGAGCCGGAGCCGGAGCGGCCUGCCUGGCGCGCUGAGGCGGGCCUUCUCCAUGCGGCGCUACCACCCGGCGGGCCCCGGCUUCGGCGCCGGGGACGGGUACUGGAGGAUCCACGACAUGGACGGGGACAGCGACCGUGGCGACGACACGGUCGAGGAGCACGGCGAGGAGGAGGCGGCGCGCGAGGAGGCGGACAGCAAGAAGCAGGCGGAGCAGCGAGACGAAAACGCUGCUGCUGCUGCGGACACUGCGGCAGGGAAGGAGGACGCCGAGCGGAAGACGAGGACGACGACGAAGAAGAAGAAGCGGGGUGGCAUCUUCAAGGCGUGCAAGAAGCUCUUCCGGUUGUAAAUAGUGUGGCAACAGUGAUACAUACGCCCCUCUCGAUCGAGCUCCUGCGGCAAGGGUACUUAAUUUUUGCAACGUCGAGCUGCAACUGCAAUGCCGUCGCGAGCUAGCUGCUGCUGCCUGAUCUCGUGGUUACUGGGCGUUGUCGUGUUCGUGUACUCGUUAUCGUUUAGUUUUUCUUGUUGGUCUUGUAAUCAGGAGGAGAAAACCAAAAUGAUGAUCACCAUACAGUAUUACAGUA